UCCCAGUGAGGCGCAAGCACGGCGGCGGUGAGGACGUCCUGGCGCCACAACGACUCCAUUUUCUGCUUAAGCGCCUUUUUUUUUUUAAAUCGUCUUCAUCGCCUUCCUCGCCGUCCUAUUCCUUAUCGCCGCUCACUCCGCCAGCGUCCCCACAACGCGCUCGUCGUCGUCGUCGUCGAAGGACGGAAGUAGUGGAGAGGUGGUCACGUGACCGCCGUGCACGCGCACCGUCCACCGUCCACCGAGAGCGCGCCGCCGCGGAGGUUCCGUCUCGAUGCUGGACAAGCUGAAGCCUCUGGCCCAGUUCGAGCCGGCGAUGGCGCUCAGCAGGACGGCCAGCUGGCUCCGGGAGCAGCUGGACGCGCGCCGGGACUCCCUGCUGGUGGUGGACUGCCGCCGCCAGGACGUGUUCGAGUCCUCGCACGUCCCGGGUGCCGUCAACGUGGCCAUCCCCGGACUGCUGCUGCGCCGCCUCAAGAAGGGCAACCUGCCCGUCACGGCGCUGCUCUCCGACGGGCCCGACCGGGAGCGCUUCGUCCGCCGCUGCAGGAGCGCCACCGUCGUCCUGUACGACGAGCACAGCCGCGACUGGAACGAGAACCUGGACGGAGGCUCCGUGCUGGGGCUGCUCCUCCGCCGGAUGAAGGACGACGGCUACAAGGCCUUCUACCUGGAGGGCGGCUUCAGUAAAUUCCAGUCGGACUUUCCCAACCUGUGCGAGACCAACCUGGACCCUUCCAAGUGCAGCCCCCCCACAGCUCAGGUACUGGGCCUGGGCGGCCUCCGGAUCAGCUCGGACUCGUCGGACAUCGAGUCCGACGCGGAUCCGAGCAGCGCCACCGACUCGGACGGCAGCCCGCUGUCCAACCCGCAGCCGUCCUUCCCCGUGGAGAUCCUGCCCCACCUCUACCUGGGCUGCGCCAAGGACUCCACCAACCUGGACGUGCUGGAGGAGUACGGCAUCAAGUACAUCCUCAACGUCACGCCCAACCUGCCCAACCUCUUCGAGAACGCCGGCCAGUUCAAGUACAAGCAGAUCCCCAUCUCCGACCACUGGAGCCAGAACCUGUCGCAGUUCUUCCCCGAGGCCAUCAGCUUCAUCGAUGAAGCCCGGGGUCAGAAGUGCGGCGUCCUGGUGCACUGCCUGGCGGGCAUCAGCCGCUCGGUGACGGUGACGGUGGCGUACCUGAUGCAGAAGCUGCGGCUGUCCAUGAACGAGGCCUACGACAUCGUCAAGAUGAAGAAGUCCAACAUCUCGCCCAACUUCAACUUCAUGGGUCAGCUGCUGGACUUUGAGCGCACGCUGGGCCUCAAGAGUCCCUGCGACAACCGCCUGGCCCCGCCCCUCUACUUCACCACGCCCACCAACCACAACGUCUUCCAGCUGGACCCCCUGGAGUCCACGUGAGGACCGCCCAGGUUCCUGCAACGCAGCCAGAGGGUCCUCCUUUUUCUGCCCGGGCCACUUGUAGACACGCGGGGGCUGAUGGACGGACCAUGACGUCUUCUCAAAGGAGGACUGUGUUUGUGUGAAAGGAGAACAAGGUGGACUGUGUUUGUGUGAAAGGAGAACAAGGUGGACUGUUAUCUGUGUGAAAGGAGAACAAGGUGGACUGUAUCUGUGUGAAAGGAGAACUAGGUGGACUGUAUCUGUGUGAAAGGAGAACAAGGAGGACUGUGUUUGUGUGAAAGGAGAGCAAGGUGGACUGUGUUUGUGUGAAAGGAGAACAAGGUGGACUGUAUCUGUGUGAAAGGAGAACUAGGUGGACUGUAUCUGUGUGAAAGGAGAACAAGGAGGACUGUGUUUGUGUGAAAGGAGAGCAAGGAGGACUGUGUUUGUGUGAAAGGAGAACAAGGAGGACUGUAUUUGUGUGAAAGGAGAACUAGGUGGACUGUGUUUGUGUGAAAGGAGAACUAGGUGGACUGUAUUUGUGUGAAAAGAGAACUAGGUGGACUGUAUUUGUGUGAAAGGAGAACUAGGUGGACUGUAUUUGUGUGAAAGGAGAACAAGGUGGACUGUAUCUGUGUGAAAAGAGAACUAGGUGGACUGUAUUUGUGUGAAAGGAGAACUAAGUGGACUGUAUUUGUGUGAAAGGAGAGCAAGGAGGACUGUAUUUGUGUGAAAGGAGAACUAGGUGGACUGUAUUUGUGUGAAAGGAGAACUAGGUGGACUGUAUUUGUGUGAAAGGAGAACUAGGUGGACUGUAUUUGUGUGAAAGGAGAACAAGGUGGACUGUAUCUGUGUGAAAAGAGAACUAGGUGGACUGUAUUUGUGUGAAAGGAGAACUAGGUGGACUGUAUUUGUGUGAAAGGAGAACAAAAUGGACAGCUGGUGUGCCAAAGCUUGUUCCCACUGGGCUUUAGCUUCUGGACUAGAAGGUCUCCAGGACACGUGGACUGGUCUUCUGUGAAGACUUGCCAGUGUUGGACAAAGUGGUUGAGGGUCCUUUCACACAACAAGACGUGCACACAGUGGAGCCAUGCUGGACGUUUCCAUGACGAUGCCAACAGGAUGGUAGUGAUGUCGUCCUCCUUCACAAAUGGUCCGGUCGCCAGUCGGCCUUACGUCCCGCCUCCAGGGGGCGUCGACCACGUGUCAUGUGACCUCCCCGCCUAGGACUGCUGGUGGCGAUGGUUUAAAUCCUGGAGGCAAACAGGCGGGACGCUACUUCAGGGAAAAUGUGUGUGAGAAACUACAAGAAUGUGGACACUACCAUGGCCACGCCCCCUCCCUAAGCUCUGCCUAUGAAUGUAAAGAAUAUAACUUAUUAUUAAUAAAUGCAUAUUUUGU